UCCUCCUCCUCCUCCUCCUCCUCUCGUCCUUCUAUCGACUCCCUAUUCAAUUCACUAUUUCGACCAUUCGACAUUCGACUCGUCCUCCGACUCUGACGCGUUUUGCGCUUGUUUUUUUUCCCAACUCAAACACGCAACAAGGCUCGUCGGCGUCGCUGAAGAGCAAAUCGAACUACCUUCGAUGAGAUAACGCGCGCGUUUGAGAGGACAGUACGUGGAUGAGGAUACGGAUUUAUACGGAUACGGAUUCCCAUUGAGACAGGAUUCUCCUUCUUGCGAUUACCCUCUCCUUUAACGAUUUAAACUCUACGCGUCGUAGCUUCGCGGCACCAUACUGCACGUCUCACCUUUUCCCCCGCUGCCCCUCUGCUCUCCCACAUAUCGCCGUUGAAGUAAACUUAAACGUUGCCGCUGUAUUGUCACGAAUUUACACAAUGACGGAUGAUGGAACGAUCGAAAAGGAAAAGCACAUGAAACAACUGAAGCGUAAGAUGGAAUGCUGGCGGGAGAUAAUACUGCCUUUGAACUCCAUUCUUCUGUGGGAACGUAGCUGGCACCCUGGUCUGAUCGUCGGACUCGUUACAAUAAUAUUCUGUGUAAUAUGGAUUCUAGAACCAACUUUACUGACCAUGAUAUCUAUAUGUCUAUUGAUAUUUGCUCUUGUUGAUUAUCUUGUGCCGAUUUUGACCUCAAUCUUAUGCAACGCACAGAGUUGGACAGGACAAAAGGAAAAAAAACUGAUCGAAGUUUGUCAAAAUCUCUCGAUCGCUAUACUACAAAUACAAGGCACAUGGACGUGCAUCUCGAAAAUUCGACAUGAUCGUCCCAACAUUUACUAUGGUGCAACAAUACUCUGUCUUAUUCUCUUUGCAUGGAUCGGCAACACAGUCAACAAUUUGCUUCUACUUUACAUCAUAGUGAAUGCAACCCUUCUCACUCCAGGAUUCAGACACAAAGGACGAGCGCGUUGGGCUGUGAGAUAUGCAUACAAUCAUUUAAUUCAUCGUCAUCUAUCAUAAUUGUCGUUUUACGUGUUCAUUAAAACUAUCCAUUCUGUCCUUAAACCACCUUUGAUAUUAAAUUCAUUCAUAUUAUUCUACAAAACAUUUUACGAAUUUACAUGUGUAUCUCGUGUACUAAUUUCAAGAAUAAUCGAAGUUCUUCACUCUAUCCAAAUAUAAAAGAUCGACAUAAUCCAAUACGCUAAAAAAAA